UCACGUGACCACAUAUCCCAAUCGGAAGGGAAGGACACGGCAGCCAUUGUGGUUGUCAGUGUCGUCGGGAAGACCUUGCGGUAGCGAAAUCUGGACAGUUUCUAGCCCCAAUAGGGACACUAUUGUGAUGUUUUAACCAUCUAUUAGAGACGUAGCACAUUUCUGAACACUCGGAACUAUCUUAUAACUGGUAUGAAAAUGGUGGUAGGCGAGGAAAGGACGUUCAUGUACGGGUUGUGUUUGCUGUUGUGUGUUAUGUUAUGGUUCGGUUCAGCGCAGUGCAUGGUAGGGGAGGACGCUGCUACAGAGUACACCAAGGCCUUCGUCAACAUCACCUACAGAGACUCCUCCACGAACAAGAUCCACUCGGAGAAGGAGGAGGUCGGCGUGUACGGUAAGAACAGCCCCACCAUCGAGGCGCGCGGCAUCGUGGUGAACGUGGGGAACGCCUGCCAGCCGCUGCGCCACAUCACGCCGCCCAAGACGCAGUGGAUCGCCCUGGUGGUGCGCGGCAUCUGCGACUUCAGACACAAGAUCAACCACGCCAAGAGCCUGAACGCCACCGCCGUGGUGGUCUACAACCACGAGCCGUCGCCGCCGGAAACCAUGGCGCAUGAAGGCACAGGCAACAUCGUGGCCAUCAUGAUCUCCCGCGCCAAGGGCCUGGAAAUCGUCACGCUGCUGGACAACGGCACGCAGGUCAUGAUGCACAUCACCAUGGGAACGCACACCCGCUACAAAGUCAUCGACAAAACCUCGGUCCUCUUCGUCUCCAUCUCCUUCAUCGUGCUGAUGAUCAUCUCUCUGGCCUGGCUCGUGUUCUACUACAUCCAGCGGUUCCGCUACGCCCACGCCCGCGAUCGCUCGCAGCGGCGCUUUGCAACGGUGGCCAAGAAGGCCAUCACAAAAAUCCCGGUGAAGACAAUACGGAAAGGGGACAAGGAGGUGGAAUGGGAGCAUGACAGCUGUGCGGUGUGCAUCGAUAACUACAAGCCUUCGGAUGUGGUUCGGGUCCUCCCCUGCAAGCAUAUAUUCCACAAGCUGUGUGUGGACCCCUGGCUGAUCGAGCACAGAACUUGCCCGAUGUGUAAGCUGAACAUCCUCAAGGCUCUGGGCUACCUGGUGCCCAGCAGCACGGAGAGUCUGAACAUCGACGUGGAGGCGACCACCACCAACGGCUCCUUCCUGGGGAACGAUACCGAGGACGAGUCGGUGGACCAGGACUCGGCCUGGAACAACAUCGUCACCGUGGCGCUGCCUCCGCCCGACCCGGUGGUCGCCCAGGAGGGUCAGGGAGGGGACCAGGGUACGGAGACUGACGAUGACCAGCCUCGGGCUGCUGUGGUGACGUCUGAAACAGGCACAGAGAUGACGGAGAGAUUACCUACUGGAGAAGGGGAGCAGGAGACUGGUACACAGGGGAUCCAGGUUUCUCCUACUGACCAGCCUGCUGCAGACAGCAACGCCAACCCUGCGGUGACCGUGUGACGACAACAAGGGUUGUCGUAAUUGAAGGAGUAGGGUUGCACAUGCUACCCACAUUCUCCUUGUCAAAUAUAUAAGAAUAUGUAAGCUGUGUAUGUGCUAUCCUGUUAGCAUCUACUAAGACAAAGUUUGUUUUUUUCAUGCAAUGCUGUGUAUGCAGUUAAGACCAAGUUCCAAAACAACUCAUCCUCCUAGCAUGGGCUAGAUACAUAAUAAGCAGAUUGUAUAGUAAGCCAUAGCUAUAGCUACUGGUACAUAUGUAUCUAUUGCCAAAAGAAACAACAAACAACAAGUGAAAAGUUGAAAGUAUGGAAACCUUUCCAUCAGUCAAUAGAAAUAAGACAUGUAUGUAAUUUCUCCAGAAGAGUUUAUCUAAAAAAAUAUUACUUGGUAAUGCAAAAAGAAGUAUUAACAAUGAUUAGAAAUGUAUCUAUGAGAGGUCACAUGUGAUAAUCAGAUCAUUAAAUUCAUAACCACGAAGUUUAUGAGAAACAGAAUAGGACAAGAGGGUAAGUAGUUAACAGUGACACAACUAAUAUUACAGUUAACUUUCUUUUCUGUUUGAAAUUAGAAUGAUGUCAAUGUCCAUUACAUAACAACUCAUUAAAUGAAAAAAAAUUACGUAAGAGAUGUUUUUGAAGUUAGUACUGAAAGUAAAUUUAGUUGUUACUUAAACACGUGUAUUUGUUACCAGGGUAAUAUCAGUUGUGUAAAGUGCGGUUUGGGGAAUGAUUCAGGCAGCUUCGCUCUUUCCUGAUCAUUUUGUAAAAUCAUUAUCAUAGUUGUUUUCAUCCCUCAUCGUUUUUAUUUGGAAAAAUAGAUGUUUGACGAAACACUUUGUACCGAGUAAUCUAAAUUCAGAAGCGAUGGGCACUGAAAAGAAGUGCUUCUUGGUACAGAGUACAGACUGUGGUGAUACUAGUGCCAAACAUUCAUCCCAUGCAACACCUUAUCCGGGAUUCUUUGUAUAGAAAAUUAUAGUCUGUGUGUCCAAAAUGUGUUUGUGAUGUAGUCUGGACAGUGCAUUCCUCUCCCAAAAGGUUAUGUAUGCAUAACCCUAACUACUAGCUCAUUUCCAUAUCGGAUUGAAAUUGUUUCACCUUAACACAGAAAGGUCAUACAGUGUAUGGCUGCUUGUCAGAGAGGGACACAACUAAGUAAACACAUUUAUCGCAUAUAGGUUUCCUCUUACUUAGAACAAUGCAGACAAAUUCACACCUUUACUUCUGGUAAUGCCAAUAGUAAUUAUUCGCAUGAAAGCUCAUGUAAUACAUAUUGAAGAUUUUCCACUGUCAUACAACACCAAAAAUAGUAACUAUUAGUAUAAAGUACGGUUGUCAAGUUGUGAUGAAAGUAGGUUGAGCUGUACUUAAGUUGAUCUAUGUUGUUUUCUUCAUGACAUGAAAUUCUAACAUCAGCAAAAUAGUGUAGCCAAAGAAAUUGGAAAGGUUAGAAACAAAAACAGAGCCAUAAAGGGCAGUGAACGGAUUAUGAUUUUGGUAUUGAUCUAAGUCCUGGCUUUUUUUAUUAAACUUUUAAAGCCUUGAUAUUUACCUGUAUUAAUGUUUUGUGUGUAGAAACAAAGUUGGGGUUUGGCUGUUGGUGCUCACAGUCAAUGUAGACAGACUAGACUUCCAUGCACUUCACAGCUUGGCCAAUUUGAUGUCAUAGAUUUCAGAAUAGAAGCUUACAGGGUAAGGCAAUGAAUACAUAAUUUUGUCAGAUGAACUGUAAUCAUAUCUGAGAAGUCUGUACAGUAGAGAGCUACAUGUAUAACUCGUUUCCUUUGAGAGACAUAGAAGAUUGUUGGUUGAUGGUUCAUAUUGUGUUGCCAACUGUGUAAAUCAAGCUUCAGGAAUUAUUAGUGGGUCUCUAUAACCUGCCAUACCGACCGACUAUACUGCUGUUUGUUUUUUCAUCUUUGUAAAAGAGAACACCAAUGUUUUUCAGUUUUCUAGCCUUGCAACCAGGAGAUAACAAUUAAUCCCCUGUGCUUGUUUUGAACAUGGUUGGCAGCAUUAUUUGAAAAAGGUUUGUUUAAGCCAUGAGUCGUAAACCCAGGUUCAUAAGUAAUUAUUUUGUAUAGAGAUUACAUAUAUAUAUAUAUGAUAACUAGUACAAUGUACUACGGUUCUUUGUGGUAGAGAACUCACCUUCCAAUGACAGCAGGUCAUACAGGAUCAGUCCAUCAUGCAUAUGGGGGAGGGGCAGGGCUGACAUUCAACUUCAGAUCUGUGAUUGAAUGAUAGGAUGAUGGAAAUGUUUGCUGUGAUUGAUGGACACCUGUCUCCAGGCUUGAGGGAUGUGAUUGACAUGUGAUUCGGUGUUGGGUUGGCUGUGCAGCACUGGUUGCUGCCCAUGUCCGUGUACCUGUACUGUUGUGCGCUGAGUUUUGGAAAUGUGGGAAAUGGGAAAUGAUAAAACUGAUUUGAUGUAAGUCAUAGUUCACCCAUAACAUCAGUCGUAAAAUUGGCAUUAAAGUUAAUUUCUUCUCAAGCUGAAAAUGCAGCUGAAAAAAAGUAAAAAUCAUAUUUGUGAGGUCUCAGUAACUGUGUGCCCUAUCCAAUCCUAAACAUGUAGAUAUGUUCAAUAGGGGAAGCUUGUGCAUUAUUUUGAUAUAAUAUAUAUGAUCCUAGACCUGGUAGCCAUACAGUGCUGGAUGCUAAGGUGGUAACUACUAUAUGCUGGGAUAGAAUGUAGACAUUGCAAUUAUAAUGUAUAUCUUAUGUGACAGGUAGUAGAAGAUGCUACAGACUGUAUAUUGAAUAUCUGGGUUUACGCUGUGGUACAAAAUGUAAUUCUAAGACAAUUGUGAAACAAAGAUCAUUGUGAACAGGCUACGUGAAUUUUUGGCAACUUGAACUGUUUGCCUCAGCAAGGGGUUCAGUGUUGUUUGAUGUUCAGGUACCUCACAGGUUCUGUGAGAAAAAGAUUGAUUUUGACACAGCUAGGUCCUGUGUCAAAUAAUGUAGUGCUGUACAAUUGUAUACAUGUAUGUUAAAAUCAGUUUUGCUUUUGUGCUGUGCAUCUACAUUUGAAAACCCCCGCCCACCCUUACCAUUGUGGCCACCCACAUGUAACAUUAUCUCAAGAAUGUGGUUGAAGAUUCUAUUGUACAUGUAAAUAAUGUUCACGUAAUGCUGUAAGUCUUUGAACGUGUAGAGCAAGUAGACAACUUCAUUAUUCCACCAGAUGGUGUCAGUGUCAUGAGCUGUCUCCAAGUGUGACAGAAAUUGUAGGCAUGUAAACAAAAGCACCUGAUAGUAUAUGUGAUCACUUCUAAAUUAGGAGCUUAUUUUUGUGCACAAAUGCAAUAAAUAAUCAGCACUGAAAU